CUCGCUCCUCUACCACCACUACCGUCCGCCCGCAAUGAUGCCUCAUAUAUGUAUCGUCAUCGCCGACCUCCGACUCUCCCUUCUUUCCACCCAGGUCCCACUCCACCGCUUCAGACACCGCAUCGCUUUGCUUGAACUCCACCAAAAUGGCGUCUCCACUUGGAUGAAUGCGAAUGAUGGUUGGCGGUACAAUGUCACACAUUUGUGCACUGCCUACCUCCCAGUACCUGAAACCCGACGAGGUCUUCAGGCAGGGUAUACAGCUCCUCUUGUCUCAACGAACGGCCGUGCCGUACUCACCUGGACGCUGGACGGUCAGUGCUUUUUUAUGCGCACGACAUUACGAAAAUGGUAUCCCCUCCCAGUCACUCCUCAUUUCUUUCCUAUCAACCUUCUAUUGGGUGCUGGCCAUCUCAAUAUACCAACACCCCGCUUUCCACGCGACUCCGAGUCUUUCAAGCACAACCCGAUCACAAUAAUGCCCUCCAUUAUCCAUAUAUACGUUCUUGCCAUCGCCGCUCUGACCGUCUUCGCAGCUCUAGUACCGAUAUCAGUCGACCCAGCUGAGGGCGCGCUACAAGCCCGCGGGGAGUUCAAGCACGUAAUGAAAAAGAUCGGGACGGGUGUCCUGGAGGGCGCGACUGCCCUUAUCUCGCCGUGGUCGGGGCCGACACUGAUGUCGGGCUUAACCUAAUAGUCAUUGAUUACCGCAAAGUGCCUCAGAAUGCGUUUGACCUUGCUUCUAAGGUCCACGUCACGCGUCUGCACUUUGUCAUGUCAAGAACGGAUUACAACAUCAGUACUGUAGAGCCUUAUCAAACAAUCUUGACUU